AUGUCCCUUCUAGAGCACGUGAAAACUCUUGUUACUGCUGCUGAAGCCGCACGAGAAGAUUCCCCGUAUGGAUACACUCCAUCGAAAGGCGUCGCCCUCACAUUCAUUAUCCUGUUCUCUAUAUCCACCCUAACCCACACGGCCCAGAGUAUCUACUUCCGCAUGUGGUGGGCACUCCCGACUAUCAUCCUCGCCGGAUGCCUUGAGAUUCUAGGAUGGAGCGGGAGAUUUUGGUCAAGUAUCUCUCCAUCUCUAAGUACUCCGUUUAUGAUUCAAAUAACGGCUACGAUCAUUGGACCCACUCCACUCGUCGCUGCCAGUUUCCUCAUCCUCGGAGCUAUAAUUCGUAUCCUGGGGCCUGCUUAUAGUAGAUUGAGCCCCAGAGCGUAUUCCAUCAUAUUCGUCAGCUGCGACAUCCUGUCGUUGGUGGUACAAGGUGGUGGUGGAGGUAUCGCGUCAUCCGCGUCUAACCGCAACGACCUCCAAGGUGCCAAGCUAGGAUCCAAUGUCAUGCUUGCCGGUAUCGUCUUCCAGCUUGUCGUCAUCACGUUCUACGCCAUCCUCGCUUGCGAAUUCCUCAUCCGUUACACGCAUAACCGCCCUGUAGCAAAACUGUUCUCGCGCAGGAAACGGAGUGAUUCCCUGGUGACGCUCUCGUCUCCCAAUCCUGCUCGCGGAGUCAUGGAUACUAAAUUAAAAAUCAUGAUCUUCGCGCUGGCAUUCAACACUCUGUGUCUCUUCAUUCGUGCGAUAUAUCGUACGAUUGAACUCGCUGAUGGAUGGAACGGAAGGAUCAUCCUUACAGAGGUUUACUUCAAUGUUCUCGAUGGAGCCAUGGUAGUAUUGGCUAUCUACACAUUGAACUUUGCGCACCCCGGCUUCUUGAUUGGUCGCGGCAUGGGAAGAAAUAGGAAUGCUGAAGACGCGGAGAAGAAUGAUAGUGCGCUUGAGCUUGGCAGACCGUAG